GGUAACUCUAAUUAUCAACGUCAUUGUCAACAAACAUGGAAGAGCAGCUGGCAGCCUAUCGAGCGAAGAAGGCGAAAGAAAAGGAGGCGUCCAAAGGAUCAUUGUCUUCGGCAGUUUACAGCUUUACUUCAGGAAUUCUCAGCUCACGGAAAAGGGAAAACAGUCCUCAAAGUGUACAUCAGCAACAAUCAGCAACAGCUGCCCACACAGGAGGUUCUGUCACCAUAUCUACUGAAGGAGACAUCAUCACGGAAGAGAAACCAUUCUUCUCCACAGAGACGAUACUGAAGAUUAUCCUGUGGUUCUUGCUGUGGGGAGUGUUUGUGGAACUGGGGUUUGGAGCUGUAUAUUUCAUUGUGUCUUUGUCCAUCAUACUAUAUAGGAACACAAGGACAGGUCCUAGACGGGAUGGCCGCCUCAGUGCAUACUCUGUGUUCAAUCCAAACUGUGAGAGAUUGGACGGGACAUUCACUGCUGAACAGUUCGAGAAGGAACUGAGACAUGGCGCAGGUUCAGUUCAUUGAUGCUGUGACAUUGAGGGAGAUACAAGGGUUGUUGCCAUGAUGUGAGACGUGAUCAGUUCUUGCAGUGACAUUGGGCAUGAUCAGUUGUUGCCAUGACAUGGGGCGUGAUCAGUUGUUGCCGUGACAUUGGGCGUGAUCAGUUGUUGCCGUGACAUUGGGCGUGAUCAGUUCAUUGUUACUGUUAGAUGAACAAGGGUUGUUGCUGUCACAUGGCACAAUAUCAGUUCAUUGUUACUGACUAACUGGUUUACUGACUAACUUUCUGCAGUGCACAUUUUAGUUUAAGGUGUAUGUUAUUGAUAAUUGUUAGCACUUGCUCUACAUAUGUAUUGAUACCAUGGUAAAAUUGCAAUACAUGUAUAUACAAAAGACACAUAUGCAGUAUGGUUCAAAUGCAGCACUGACAUAGAGGUACAAAAUAAAGGAUUCUCGUGUGCUGUAUGAAAUUUCUGUGCAGCAUGUGGUGUAUUUGUUGUCAUUUCUGUACUGAUUUAUCUUUCAAGCUGUAUUUUAAGUCUUAUUUGUCUCUAUUUCUUUUCAUGUAUUUUUAGUUGGAUGACAUGCAUAUCUUGUGAAACAGGUAAAUCACUAUUCUUAAUGAAUGGCCAGUUACUUAUCCUCAGCCUAAAAACUCCAAAGAUUAAAAAGGAAACUUAAAACUUGGAGUUCUUCAUGGCACAAAACUCAGAAUACUUACUGAGGAUGCAUUGAAUAGAAAAAUAUUUGCUUUGCAGAACAAACAUCAUGGCUGCUGUUACACAUGGUUGUGACUAAUGUAUGUUUUAUCUGGGCUGGUGUAUUGUCAUGCUUUGUACUUAUCUGGGCUCAUUGUUUGGUGAUACGAAUGAAAAGCUUAGGUUUGGAUUUAUUAUGUGCUCUUGAAAACCUUUUCAAAAUCAUUUCAAUACAAUGAAUCAGGGAUAGCUGGAAAGAUUGAUAAUUUAAAAUAUCUUCCAUGGAAAGAACUAGUCAUGAUUAUAUGAAUUACAUGAAAAUUGGGUGAUUUAUAAGAUCAUACAUGCACUAUUGUGAUGAAAUAAAGUGUUAAUUUACCAAAACAGACUUGCGCCAAAAACGAUGGGCAAUCAGUUCAUGCAUGUCACCAGUCACAAGGGACAUGACAAAAGUUGAUUUCUUUUGGAUGUUCUUGUUCAAAGUUACUAUUCCAAAUAAUUAUUGAUAAUCGAUUGAUAUUAAGAUAACCAUCAAUAGCCAGCUUUGCAAAAUAUGCUAAAAGAAUAUGAUUAAUGAGAUCUCAAAAUCCUGCAAUGAUUCAGUCAAACAGUCCUAACCUGACAUGCUGAGAAGGAAAAUGUGUGCACUUGUAAAUACUUAAGUCGGUGUUGCCAAACGUCUUUCAUGUCAGAACUGGUGGAUGACAUCAUGAAUCAGUCUUGUUAUAUUACUUCAUUGGUGUGAAGGUUUUCCUCAUAUGUAAAUAAACAGCUUGUGUAUCCA